AUGGCCGGGCUGCCCCGCAGGAUUAUCAAGGAAACCCAGCGUUUGCUGGUAGAACCAGUUCCUCGCAUUGAAGCAGAACCAGAUGAGAGCAACGCCCGUUAUUUUCAUGUGGUCAUUGCUGGCCCCCAGGAUUCCCCCUUUGAGGGAGGGACUUUUAAGCUUGAACUAUUCCUACCAGAAGAAUACCCGAUGGCAGCCCCUAAAGUAUGUUUCAUGACCAAAAUUUAUCAUCCUAAUGUAGACAAGUUGGGAAGAAUAUGUUUAGAUAUUUUGAAAGAUAAGUGGUCCCCAGCACAGCAGAUCCGCACAGUUCUGCUAUUGAUCCAGGCUUUGUUAAGUGCUCCCAAUCCAGAUGAUCCAUUAGCAAAUGAUGUAGCGGAGCAGUGGAAGACCAACAAAGCCCAAGCCAUAGAAACAGCUAGAGCAUGGACUAGGCUAUAUGCCAUGAAUAAUAUUUAAAAUCGAUCUGAUCAUCAAGUUCUCCUGUUCUCCUGUUCUGCCAAGACUUCUUCCUUUUUUGUUUGCAUUUAAUGGACACAGUCUUAGAAACAUUACAGAAUAAAAGCCCAGACAUCUUCAGUCCUUUGGUGAUUAAAUGCACAUUAGCAAACCUAUGUCUUGUCCUGAUUCACUGUUGUAAAGCAUGAGCAGAGGCUAGAAGUACCAUCCGGAUUGUUGUGAAACAUUUAAAAGCAGUGGCCCCUCUCUGCUUUUAUUCAUUUCCCCAUCAUGGUUUGAGUAUAAAGCACUGUGAAUGAAGGUAGUUGUCAGGGUUAGCUGCAGGGGUGUGGGUGUUUUUCUUUAUUACUUUUUUUGAGGGGGAGAGGUAGUUUUAUUUUAAUUUUUUGGGCUCCUUUCCCCCUUUUUAUGGUGAUCUAAUUGCAUUGGUUAAAAGCAGCUAACCAGUUCUUUAGAAUAUGCUCUCUAGCCAAGUCUAACUUUAUUUAGACGCUGUAGAUGGACAAGCUUGAUUGUUUGAACCAAAAUGGGAACAUUAAACAAACAUCACGGCCCUCACUAAUAACAUUGUGACUUGCUGUCAAGUGUAGAAUCCUUCCUUCAAGAAAGAGCUUGUGACCAUUUUGUAUGGCUUGUCUGGAAACUUCUGUAAAUCUUAUGUUUUAGUAAAAUAUUUUUUGUUAUU